AUGUCAACCCACUACUCUCAGACUCUUCAACUCUGCGAAAACAAGCGAGAAGAUGUCUGUCUUAUCCCCGGUCUGCCUAACGAGAUUUGGCGUCUUAUCGUCAUCGCCGUUUAUGACACCCUCCCCGAAGAUUACCGCGAGCACGCUGUCUCCACGCUUCGCUCCGUUUCUCGUGGAUGGAGACAGGGAGUAGAGGGCAUGAGCGUGCUGUGGACGCUUGUCACAUUUGGUCGAGCACUCUCAUAUCCUGUGGCAGGUCUCCGGCUCAGACUCACACACACACUGGUCACACUUCCUGACUACGCUGCUACGGCCGCAGAACGACCGAGGCUGGUCGUGGCGAAUGAUAGAAGGGAAGAAACCGAGAAUCUGGAUGGUCCUGGGUUACCAAUUCGCCCGAGUGGGCCCGGGGGAGACCCGGAAUGCGACAUCCGAAGUACCUGGGACGACUUUACAACCCGACAGAAAUGUGCCCUCCGCCGGUUUAAUCAGUCACUCAGCCGCUCCAGCGCACGUGAAAUGAGUGUGAGGAUAAAAUUACACAAGUGUGACGGUAUCCCUUUGUGGUACCUGACUCGUCAAUUAUUUCCUCAUGCUGCCCGCAUCUCCGAGCUCGACGUCGAUAUCCAUCCACACCGCUGGGCAGUUGACCCCGGAGAGAUUGGGAUGUUCUUUGCUGCACGAAGUGACAGGUUACGAAAUGCCGCAGAUCAAGUCGUGCCCGAAGAUGAAGAGCUGUUUCACUGCACUGAGCGGAUGUUCGACUUCACUUGCUUGACGAGUCUGAGCCUGUACAAUGUAUGUUUUCGAACGAAAUGCGAACAUCACCUACUCCUGCAACGCUGUCUCGCCCUGCGUACUCUCACCGUCGAUCGCAAUGAAGACUGGCCACCUCUUCCCUCAACACAGGAGAAAAAGUCAAGACCUACGGCUCUCAUCCUCCCGCAGCUGGAACAUUUAAAUAUGGAACUGUCAUUCUUGAUGCACCUAUUGGAGGACGGGAUCGAAACGCCAGUGUUAACUCAGCUUUGUCUGUCCAAUCCCCUCAAUAUUGACACCGACAACUUCCAGGGGAAACCCCCGACAUACGCCUGGAUGGCUGCUGUAGAAAAGCUAGGCUUGCGAGGGGUCUUCUCUGACGAUGUGAUCGGGCAGUACUUGGUUCACACGCCCGUCCUGAAGAUGCUCGCGUUGCAGAGCUGCGGCACUCCCACGCUCUGCACCGAUAUUCUCACACGAAGGGCAACCUAUUCGGGCAUCGGCAGGAGCGUCAUCGCACCCCGGCUCGAAAACAUCAAGCUCUGUCAUAGCUUGGUCGACGACCAAUCAGUGUUACAUACUCUCAACCAUCGCCCUGUGAAACAAGACGAAUGGCCGAAACCACUCAUGUUCGACAUCAGCAAUUGCCGUAAGACCACGCCUUUGCUGGGUAUGGAGAUAUUCCAUCGACGACGAGGGGUCUGGAUGCCGUAAGCACUAGCGGUGCACUGAUUGUGACCUGAUCAACAAUUAUCCCCAUCGUGGGAACACCAGAUAUGGAUAUGAAUGUUCUCUCAAGCAAGAUUCGGAUUACCAAUUAUAGUAGAAGACUAAUGUGUUGUGCCUUUGUACCCU